GGUGACAAAGUUUCCCGGGACAGAAAGCUCACCAGGAGCUUCACCGUCCAGGACCUUCCCAGAUCGGGCCACUUUAAAACUGAGCUACAUUCAUCAAGUCGAGUCAAGUCAACUUUUCUUCGGAAAUCGUGUGGGAGGACGCUUUGCAUUUCAUAAAAAGCCAGUGACGGCUUCUUCCGACGGUCGUGAGAAGAUACAAGGCUUUCCACAAGAUGGCCCUGCGAGGAGUUCGUGUCUUGGAGCUCGCGGGAUUGGCUCCGGCUCCAUUCUGCGGAAUGGUAUUGGCGGACUUCGGAGCGAGUGUGAUAAGGGUGGACAGGCUGAACACCAAGCAUGACAAUGAUAGGUUGUCCCGCGGGAAGCGCUCGAUAGCCAUCGAUCUCAAAAAGAAUGAGGGGCGAUCACUUCUGAAGAAAAUGGUCGACAAAUCGGACGUUCUCAUCGAUCCCUUCCGACCGGAUGUCUUGGAGGGUAUGGGUCUCGCUCCGAAUGAUCUCUUGAGGUCGAAUCCGAAGCUAAUCGUGGCGCGAAUCACCGGGUACGGACAGGACGGACCUUGGUCGAGGGCCGCGGGACACGACAUCAAUUAUGUCGCUACGUCAGGUGUGUUGUCAAUGCUCGGUAAAAGCGAGUCCCCACCAUUCCCUCCGGUGAACCUUCUCGCGGAUUUCGCUGGGGGAGGACUUUUGACGGCGAUGGGGAUCUGCGCGGCUCUCUUCGAGAGGACCGUAUCCGGCAAAGGUCAAAUCAUCGAUACGAGCAUGAGUGAAGGCGCAGCGUAUGUGAGCACUUUUUUGUGGAGAACGCGGAGUCCACGAAUGAAUAUCCCAAUCUGGUUCUCGGAUCGUGGAAACAAUGUUUUGGAUGGAGGCACACAUUUCUACCAGACGUACGAAACCUCCGAUGGCAAGUUCGUGGCUGUCGGUGCUCUGGAACCCCAAUUCUACGCGGAAUUCAUCCGAGGAAUCGGUCUGGAUCCGGACACCUUCCCACAGAUGCAAGACAUGGACGAAGCGAAGGAAGUUGUGAGCAAAAUUUUCAAAACGAAAACACGAGAGGAGUGGGCUUCAAUCUUCAAGGACACCGACGCUUGCGUGACUCCCGUUCUAGAUUUCGAAGAGGUUCACAAGAACGAACAGAACGAAGCGCGAGACGCCUUCACAAGCUACGACGGCACACUCGCACCGCGAGCAGCACCUCGCCUCUCACGAACCCCGGCCCAAAUCGAUCCCGUAGAGCCCGAGCCCGGGGAGCAUUCUCUGGAAAUCCUCCACGAAAUCGGUUUGGCUGAAGAGAGCCGUAAAUUGUUGGAGGACAAUAUUGUACAGAUUGCCAGAUCCAAAUUGUGAUUUCCACACUGCCAAAU